CUUUCGCUGCUCUCAACAACUUAGUGGAAACCCUGGUUGUCCGGUGGCUGGUCGGAGGGGCUGCAUUUUGCGCUAGAUCCGGGCGUGAUGGGUCCGCUGCGAGAGGCGGAGUUGCGGUCCCCGGAGGUUUAGAACGGCCAUGUUCCCCUUACUUCAUUUAACUGCUUUGUGCUGAGCCGAAAUGGAUGAUCCAGAAGGUGAAUUUAGUGAGCAUGCAGUGGAAAACUCUGCAAGUUCAGAGAAACAGUUGUCUCUUACUCCGAGUGAUACUCCAAAAUCUGUCGCGAGAAGUGUGAAAGCUAUUUCUUUAGAAACUGCGGGGUUCGCAAGACCCACUUUGUCUAGUAGAAAGAAAAUGGACCCAAGAAGUGUCUCAGAUUCAAAUUCCAGCACAAGCAAAUCAGCUGGUACUCCCUUAGGGAAGACUGCAAAUUUAGUUCCUCCGAAGAGAAGAAACAGCACGGGAGGUUUGGCCCAAAAAACGACUCCCCUGAAGAGCAAUGUGGGAACAGCUGGAGGCAAGAAGGCUGUAUCUCCUUCAGCUCCAGAAGCGGUGAGGCGAUCUCUCCCAGAACUUAGGAGGACCUCAUUGCCCUCUGUGGUGACUAAACCCACUGCCAGCAGAGCAAGUGUUUCAGAGACCAAGAGUGCAGUUGUGGAAUCACUGGGUGGGCGGGGUUCAAGAACAACAACAGGAGCUGAGGGAACAAGGCAGGGAACCAUGAAACAGUCUGCUGUCAAGGGAGCGGUGCCAGCUUCAUCACCUUCUGUAAGAAGAGUGGCUUCUACUUCUGUGGAUAGUGUGGGCAGUGGUGGGACCAGGAAAACAGUUUCAAAGGUUUUGUCCUCAUCUGCCCGAACACCUUCUAGCUCUAGUGGACUUAAAACGGGUUCCUUGUCCUCAUCUAUAGAUAGGAGUUCUAGUUUAUCUGCCCGGCGGAGAACGACGACACCAGAUAGUAAGGAUUCAAAGUUCAUGAUGCUUCCUCAAGUGGAGCUCAAAGCUAGUGAUGAUGUGAGAUUGGACCUAAGGGGUCACAGAGUGCGUACUCUCAGUGCUGGUGGCCUGAACUUGACAGCAAAUUUAGAGUUUGUUUACCUCAGGGACAAUCUUUUAUCCACACUUGAAGGGGUUGAGAUACUCAGCCGUGUCAAGGUUCUUGAUUUGAGCUUCAAUGAUUUUAAAGGGCCUGGCUUUGAACCGCUCGGAAAUUGCAAGGCUUUACAGCAACUUUAUUUGGCUGGAAAUCAAAUCACUUCCCUAGCAAGUCUUCCUCAGUUCCCUAAUUUAGAGUUUCUCUCUGUUGCUCAAAAUAAGCUCAAGUCUUUGGCAAUGGCAAGUCAACCACGCCUACAGGUUUUAGCUGCUAGCAAGAACAAAAUUUCCACUCUAAAGGGUUUCCCACAUUUGCCUGUACUUGAGCAUCUACGAGUAGAGGAGAAUCCGAUACUUAAAAUGCCUCAUUUGGAAGCCGCUUCAAUCUUACUUGUCGGUCCUACUCUGAAAAAGUUCAAUGACAGAGAUCUUUCACGUGAGGAGGUGGCACUUGCAAAGCGUUAUCCCAAAGUCACAGCUUUGUGCAUCAGAGAUGGAUGGGAGUUCUGUCGCCCAGAUCAUGCGGCUGAUUCAACAUUUCGGUUUCUGUUGGAGCAAUGGAAGGAUCGGUUGCCUCCAGGCUACCUGCUCAAAGAAGCCUCUGUUGAUCGACCAUUCGAAGAAGAUGUUUGCCACUGCCACUUCACCUUUGUUCAAGACAGCACUCUGACUGUUGACCAGAAGUUAGAAUUGAAAUAUCAGUGGUUUGUUGGAGAGAGAACACCAUCGAAUUUUACCAUGAUUCCUGAUGCUACUGAGGAGGUUUAUUGGCCAAAGAAUGAGGACAUUGGUAGAAUACUGAAAGUGGAGUGCACUCCUACGUUGGGGGAAACUGAAUAUCCUCCUAUUUUUGCCCUAUCUUCACCGGUCUCACCAGGAUGUAAAAUCCCAAAGGUUGUUGACCUUGAAGUGCAUGGUGAGCUGGUGGAAGGACAUGUAGUUAGGGGCCAUGCAAAGGUUGCUUGGUGUGGUGGAAUCCCGGGAAAAGGUGUUGCCAGUUGGUUAAGAAGAAAGUGGAACAGCAGUCCAACAGUUAUACCUGGGGCAGAGGAGGAGGAGUAUCAGUUGGCGCUGGAUGACGUUGACACAAGUCUGGUUUUUAUGUACACACCUGUAACAGAGGAAGGUGCCAAAGGAGAGCCUCAGUAUAAGUACACUGACUUCGUCAAAGCAGCUCCUCCAUCAGUGAAUAAUGUUCAAAUCAUUGGAGAGGUUGUUGAAGGGAAUACAAUAAAGGGAGUUGGAGACUACUUUGGAGGACAUGAGGGUCCGAGUAUGUUUGAGUGGCUUCGUGAGAGCAUUGACAAUGGAGAUUUUGUGUUGGUGUCCAGAGGAACAUCAGAGUACUCGUUGACCAAGGAUGAUGUUGGGCGAAGACUGGCUUUUGUCUAUUUUCCCAUAAAUUUUGAGGGACAAGAAGGGGAAUCGGUUUCUGUGUUUUCCCCUAAAGUAAAACGAGCUCCCCCCAAAGUGGCACAAGUUAAAAUAAUUGGUGAUUUGCGAGAGAAUAGUAAGAUUACAGUUACCGGCUAUGUUACUGGGGGAACUGAAGCCUCUAGUAGAGUGCAAUGGUUCAAAACAAGUUCUCCAAUUUUGGAUGGAGAAAAUGGUCUAGAAGCAAUGAGUGCUUCAAAAAUUGCCAAGGCACUCCGUAUACCUUUGGGGGCCGUUGGAUAUCACAUAGUUGCAAAAUACAUUCCCAUGACUCCAGAUGGUGAAUCUGGUCAACCAGCUUAUGUUGUGUCUGAAAGAGCUGUCGAGACUCUUCCUCCUAGCUUGAAUUUUCUGUCUAUCACUGGUGAUUAUAUGGAAGGUGGGAUACUGACAGCAUCAUAUGGUUAUAUUGGGGGCCAUGAAGGAAAAAGUAUCUACAAGUGGUAUCUUCAUGAGACGGAGUCUGACUCUGGUGCUUUAGUAACUGAGGUCUCAGGGCUUCUUCAAUAUUGCAUAUCUAAAGAUGCAAUUGGCAAGUUCAUUUCCUUCCAAUGUACACCAGUGCGUGAUGAUGGUGUCAUUGGUGAACCAAGAACUUGCAUGGGACAGGAACGCAUACGUCCAGGAAGUCCCAAAUUGCUUUCUUUACAAAUUGUUGGCGAUGCAGUUGAAGGAAAUCUGUUAAGUGUUGAUAAGAGAUAUUGGGGUGGCGAAGAAGGAGACUCCAUAUUUAGAUGGUUCCGGACAAACUCAGAUGGCACACAAUAUGAAAUUAGAGGUGCAUCUUCUGCAUCAUACAUGCCCUCAUUUGAUGACAUUGGUUGCUUUGUCUCUGUUUCCUGUGAGCCGGUCAGAGCUGACUGGGCUCGAGGGCCAAUUGUGCUUUCUGAACAAAUUGGCCCAGUUGCACCGGGUCCCCCAAUUUGUCAUUCUCUAGAGUUCGUUGGAUCAUUGAUAGAAGGACAACGCCUAAGCGUUGCAGUUUCUUAUAGUGGAGGGGAGAGAGGUCACUGCAUAUUUGAAUGGUUCAGGUUGAGAGGUAGUGGUGCUAAGGAGAAAUUAAGCACUGAAGAUUUCCUUGAUUUGACACUGGCGGAUGUGGGUGCUUGCAUUGAACUUGUUUACACUCCUGUGCGGAUUGAUGGAAUGAAAGGCAACCUGUGUAGCUUGCUGUCUGAUAUUGUUGGGCCGGCGGAUCCUGUUGGGAUGGAGCUUUUAAUUCCUGAUUGCUGUGAGAAUGAGGAAGUAGUCCCGAAAAAAUCCUAUUUUGGUGGCAUGCAAGGUCUUGGGGAGUAUAUCUGGUUCCGGGUCAAGGACAAGUUGCAUGAGCCUGAACUAUUGGAUAUCAUUAAUAUUCAUGAAGGUGUUAUCGAAUGUGGUAGAGCCUUAACCUACACUCCAUCAAUUGCAGAUGUAGGUGAAUAUUUGGCCCUCUACUGGCUUCCUACUCGUGCAGACGGGAAAUGUGGACAUCCCUUAGUUGCAAUUUCCAGCUCUCCUGUUUCCCCUGCUUUGCCCGUGGUGUCUAAUGUUUGCAUAAAGAAAUUGUCUUCGAGUGUUUAUUCUGGAGAAGGAGAAUAUUUUGGUGGACAUGAGGGGUUUAGUCUCUACAAUUGGUAUAGAGAAAAUGCUGAGGGAACUAUCAAUCUCAUAAAUGGCGCAAAUUCUAAAACCUAUGAAGUUUCAGAUUCAGAUUACAAUUGCCGUCUAUUAUUCGGAUAUAUGCCAGUUCGUUCUGAUUCUGUUGUUGGGGAACUCAGAUUGUCUGAACCGACAGACAUUGUCUUCCCUGAGGAUCUGAAAGUACAGAUGCUUGCUCUAACUGGAAAGGCUAUAGAACGCGAUGUACUCACUGCUAUCGAAGUGAUUCCAGAAAAUGAAACCCAACAACAUUUAUGGAGCACAUACAAGAAGGAUGUCAAAUAUCAAUGGUUCUGCUCAUUGGCAGGAGAUCGAGACUCAUUUGAACCAUUAACUUCACAGUUGUCCUGCUCCUACAAGGUUCGAUUUGAGGAUAUUGGUCGAUGCCUAAGAUGUGAAUGCAUAGUAACUGAUAUAUUUGGAAGAUCAACUGAACCAGCAUAUGCUGAGACUGCUCCUGUUCUACCAGGUUCUCCCAAAAUAGAUAAACUGGAAAUUGAGGGCAGGGGCUUCCACACAAAUUUGUAUGCUGUUCGUGGAAUAUAUAGUGGUGGGAAGGAAGGGAAAAGCAAGAUUCAGUGGCUAAGGUCUAUGGUUGGAAGUCCAGAUCUUAUCUCCAUACAAGGAGAGACUGGAAGAAUGUACGAAGCUAAUGUUGACGACGUAGGUUACAGGUUAGUGGUAAUUUACACUCCUGUAAGGGACGAUGGAGUUGAGGGGCCACCGGUGUCUGCAUCUACAGAGCCUAUUGCAGUUGAGCCUGAUGUUCUUAAAGAAGUUAAGCAGAAGCUUGAUCUUGGAUCAGUGAAAUUUGAGGUUCUCUGCAACAAGGACAGAAAUCCGAAAAAGGUUCCUGGUGAGGGAAGUCUUGAGAGAAGAAUACUGGAGAUCAAUAGAAAAAGAGUCAAAGUUGUCAAGCCAGGUUCAAAGACUUCAUUUCCAACCGCAGAAAUUCGUGGAAGCUAUGCUCCUCCUUUCCAUGUGGAGCUUUUCCGCAGUGACCAACAUCGUCUUAGGAUCGUAGUCGAUAGUGAGAACGAAGUAGAUUUGAUGGUGCAGUCCAGACACUUGCGUGACAUAGUAGUCCUUGUCAUCCGGGGUCUUGCGCAGCGUUUCAACAGUACAUCUCUCCACUCCCUACUCAAAAUAGAAACAUGAGUAUAAUGGGCGACUGUAUAGUGUUCAUUGCUUUGGUGUGACAUUUAGCCGGGCUUUGGAAAUUGUCAGGUUACUUGCAAACUUUCGUCUUGCUCUUGAGUGAAAGUUCUUUUCUGAUGUCCUACCGUUUUCUUGGCACUGCCUUUCGAGUCUAAAUAGUGUUUGUUGUGUUGCACUGAGUACAGAGUGAGGGUCUCCCUGUUGUAUAUUUGGUGACAGUGAUCAUAUUAAAAGUUAUUUGCUGAAAGUCAGUGUGUAUCUUUCAAACAAGAUUCACAGUAAUAGUUGCUGAUUUCUAUUUCUCUA